AUCAAGAGAAGCAGGAGGAGGAGAAGAAUCUUAACAAUGACGAUGAGAAAGCAGAAGAAGCCAGUCUUAAGCAGGAACAGGCUCUCUUGGCAUCAGGCAAGGGGGAUGGCGAACGGCAGCCAACCGGAUGUGUGGUGGGAGUCAUCAGGCGCAAAUGGCGGCAGUAUUGUGGCAUUUUGAAGAAAAGUGACUUUGCAGAAUCCACACGCCACUUGUUCAUCCCAGCAGAUAAGAAGAUCCCCUUCAUCCGCAUUGAAACAAGGCAGGCAGAAAUGCUACAGAACAAAAGGAUUAUUGUAGCCAUAGAUUCAUGGCCAAGAGAUUCCCGUAACCCUAAGGGUCACUUUGUUCGUGUGAUAGGAACUAUUGGGGAAGCAGAGUCAGAGAACGAGGUCAUCUUACUGGAGCACGACUGUCCGCACACCAAAUUCUCAGAGUCAGUCCUCAAUUGUCUUCCAAAACUGCCAUGGAUAAUUACAGCAAAAGAUGAACUUGAGCGAGAGGACUUACGACACCUUGACAUCUGUUCUGUUGAUCCUGUAGGUUGCACUGAUAUUGAUGAUGCUUUGCACUGCCGUGAACUCCCCAAUGGAAACUUUGAGGUUGGUGUUCAUAUUGCUGACGUAUCUCACUUCAUCCGACCACACACUGCACUGGAUAAGGAGGCUCAGAACCGCAGCACAACUGUGUACUUGACUAACCGUCGUAUAGACAUGGUUCCUGAUCUUUUGAGCAGCAACCUGUGUUCACUUCGAGGCAAUGUUGACAGAUUCGCCUUCUCUGUCCUGUGGGAGAUAACACCCAAAGCAGAGGUUUUAUCAUCAAGAUUCCGGAAAAACCAUCAUCCAGUCAAGAGCUGAGAUGAGUUACCAACAGGCCAGCAGCGGAUUGA